CUCACUCUUCCAGGUACACGCCCUUUGACUUGUCAGGGGGAAAAGUUUUAAGGAAAAAAAAAAAAAAAAAAAAAAAAAAAACCUAAAUCACGGAAGAGAUUCUGCUGUCCUACUAGUUUGGCAAGUUAUCUAGGCUAAACGCAGCGGAGAAGAGGGCAGAAAUUAAUUUGCGCAAAUUUAUACACUUCUCUUGUCCUGCAGACGGUAUACGAGAGAGAGAGGAGUCAUGGAGUCUGCUAUUCAGACCAUGGUGAAGGUCUUCCUGAAGUCAUCCAAGGGAAAGGAGAAUCUAGGAAAGAGUCAAUUCCAGAGCCUUGUCAAGAGCCAGCUCUCCAACAUUCUUUCGGACACAGACAGCAAAGAGGCGGUCAAUAACAUGGGCCAGGGACUGGAUGCCAAUCAGGACGGCAAGGUUGGUUUUGAGGAGUACUUGAAGCUGGUUGGCUACCUGGCGGUCUCGCUCAGCGAACAGCGCAACCUCGCCAAAGAGGAGCCUGCCCAAAAUGCUGUGUCCGGACAAGUGGCAUUAAGUUCCCCUGGCAAAGAAGAGGAGAAACCAGAGGCAAACGCAGAGGCAAAUGAGGAAGCAAAGCCUGAAGCGAAUAAAGAGGCAAAGGUAGAAGCAGUUGCUGAAGUAAAGGUAGAAGAAAAUGCAGAUGGAAAUGUCAAAGUAACGAUAAAGCCCGAGGUAGCAAAGCAGGAGGAGAAGCCAGCAGCAGUGGUGGCAGCAGCAGCAUUAGAGAAGGCCGCAGUGGAAGUGGUCGUAAAAGAAAAGAAGAAGGAGGAAACAGAAAAGGUGGAGGAAGCUAUAGAGAACCUGGCUGCAGCUGUGGAGGCAGAAGUGAAGAUAGAGGAGACCACCUCAUAGGGGACAAUCCAUUCCUUCACAAAACAAAUCCCACUACAUGCUUACAUUCAGCACGACACAAAACAAAACAUUAAUGCCAAAAUAAGCAAAUAAACCACUAAAGAUUUUUGCCAAAAUACACACAACACUAAAAUACAAGAUAUUGGUAAAAGUUCAAACACUACAAACCCAGCUCUGAAGAAACCCUAUUCCUCAGAUAAAUAAUACAUGACAGUAGAAUCAUUGCUUUGUACUACUAGUUACCACUAUGUUCAUAUGUACAGCAUGUGCAUCCCACUAUAUAGCACAUUUACCUCAUUAUGAUAAUAUACUAUGAUAGCAUGCAGACGUACACUAUCAUAUGCAUGCCAUUUCCCUGUGAAAAGUUUACUACAAAAUAUGAUUUACCUGCAGCAGCACACUGACACACAUGGCCAAAGUGUCACUGCAGCCAAGAUGUUAAGUUUAAAUAACGUCCUCUCCCCACAU